AUGAAUUCGUUUUUCCCUUACUUUCGGCCUGGGCAGAGGGACGCCGCUUAUGCUGCCUUCGCCCAACUCUCAGAGUCUGAACAGGCAGUCCGAGAAGACUGCCAGUUAAACCUUUGCCGAGACACGCUAGAGGAGACCCUUUUAAUUCUACACCCUGAAUGUCACUUAGCAUUGAAGCUGCAAGAUGCUCUGGAUGAGAUUCGGCGUCGGUCUCUGGCUAUGCUAUCUAGGGACAAUAGCGAGAAGCGCAGUAGCGCCUUGGAUCCACACCAAUCACCACGUUCAAUCAGCGAUGAUUGUGAAUACAAACACCUCGACAAAAUAUCGUGCACUCCAGAUCGUUCUUGCGAUGCACCGAUGUCAAACAUUGAGAUGACUGUUGUUGAGGAUAACAACAACGCCGUAGCAGCACCAGUAUUCAAAGCUGUAACGCCCGUGAAUCGACCCGCGAUCUUGAAUGACAACAUUCAGAAACCCCUACAUGCAGGAAAGAAGCACUCGCUAGAGGUCAACAUGCCCGCCGCAAAGCGACGAAAAGUGAGGGGCAAUCAGCUCUCAGAUUAG